UUCAUAGAGAAGCUCCUGCUGUAGCUUUCUAAUAAGAGGACCUGCAUGUUUCUUCUCCCCAUGUUCACCAGUGGUUCUGAGAACCAGCAGAAGUUCUGAACACAUAAAUGAGUGGCUGAAAACCCAUUGCAAAUGAUGGCUGUAUCUUCAGCUGAUUUACUAACCAUUACUCCACACACGGAAACAUUCAGGAGUAACCAAACCAACCCAACCACAAAUGCCUCAGAGACUCACGAUGCCAGCUGUACCAUAGAUGAGAACUCACUGUCAUUUGCUUUGAUAGUUUUUUACUCCAUUAUUUUUGUCGUUGGAUUGGUUGGAAAUAUUAUAGCCCUGUUUGCUUUCCUGUGCAUUCAUCAGAAAAGGAAUUCUAUCCAGGUUUACUUGCUAAACGUAGCUGUUGCAGACCUUCUGCUGAUCUUCUGUCUUCCCUUCCGGAUACUCUAUCACGCCAGCGUGAUCCGGCUUGGGUGGAUUUUAUGCAAGAUUGUGGGAACUCUGUUUUACAUGAACAUGUAUAUUAGCAUAGUACUGUUGGGACUAAUUAGUCUUGAUCGUUAUAUAAAAAUAAAUAAGUCUGUGAAGCGUCCAAAGAUGUUAACUACUACCCGGAGUGUGCAGAUUUGUUGCAUGGUCUGGGCAGUUGCACUGACAGGAUUUAUAGUAGUAGUUGCACCAUCUUUCUUUAAGACUGAAGAGAGCAACUCUACCUUGUGCUUUCAUUACCGAAGUAAACAGAAAGCAAAGACAGAAGCAAUUUUAAAUUAUAUCACUGUACUUAUUUUUUGGAUAGUUUAUUUCCUUGUCAUACUUUCRUACAUUAAAAUUGCCAAGAACCUUCUGAAAAUUUCAAGGAGAAGGGCAAAUUUUCCCAAUGCAGGAAAAUACACCAUGACAGCAAGAAAUUCUUUCAUCGUUCUCAUAAUUUUCACCGUCUGUUUUGUGCCUUAUCACAUUUUCCGGUUUGUCUACAUCACAUCACARUUACAAACCCCAUCCUGUUACUGGAAGGAGAUCAUUCACACGUGCAAUGAGGUGAUGCUCAUAUUUUCAUCAUUUAACAGCUGCCUAGACCCAGUUAUGUAUUUCCUAAUGUCCAGAAGUGUCCGUAAGACUGUGUUCCAACUGAUCUGCAGAAAACUUCAUGGAGAAGCAAGCCUAAACCUGGAGAGCACUUCAGACAUAAAACUUGGCCAAUAUGCACAAGAGCGAUUAUCCACCACCCCUCCCCACUCCAGCUACUCAAGGAAGAAGUCCAUGAUUUGAAUGUUUGAAUGAAUCUCUGUCACUCCAGGACACCAAUUUCAGAUCACAAAAUCUUCUACGCCUACUAAUCCUGYCUCUUUCUUCCUGUUCAGAAAAAUGAGAAGUCUUACUUCUGUUUGUGAAAAUGAGAAGUUACUUUUCAGAAGCAUUUCGCUCUUGUUUAUCCAAGAAAACAAAUUAGGAAGUUCUCAGACAUCUUGUGUUGGACUAAACUAGAACACUAACUCUUUAGGGAGAUUUCCACGAAGGGACCUGAACCUGUAGAAGUAACCUUGUAUAUACACAUUAAUAUUAGUAACUKAUGUAAAUAAUAGAUAAAUUUUGCAAAAAGUAAAUUCUGUCCUAUCUGAAAGACCUAUAUAAACCUUUACAGAUAUUAAGUAUUUUAUGGUUUUCUCUGUUUUAAUAGGUUUUAAAGAGAUUAGUAUUUUAACUACAUGUAUAAAUGCAUUUUUAAAGAAAUAUUUGASAAUUUAGCACCAUAUGUGGCUUAAAAAUGAGAUGUAGAACACAACAGCUAUUAUUUCAGUUAUAAUUACASAAGACACACUUUGUUUUAUUAAACAGCAAAAUUAAAAUUCAAUCCUCCUAAGUCCCUUGUUAUAUUUGCAACAUUUUAAUGGUGUCAAGGUCAAACACCUGAGAAAAAGCAAGCAAUGCUUUCACAACAUUAGAAAAGAAUGAAGGAGAGAUGACGUGGGUAUUUCCUGAGAUUUCCUUCAAUAUAACAAAUUCGGUGACUGCAGCUACACAAAGCAGUUCAGCAAGGAAUAUAAACUCACAGAACCGAGCAAGAAGAACAGCCAGGCUCAGCCACCAGUUUACUCACAGAUUUCCAAGCCACACAUUUCAGCUGCAAGCUUCCUCCCUUGCACUUCCCUUUCCAUGUGAUUAAAAUAAGCUUGGUAAGAGCUGAUGCCAUGUGAAUAGCAAUGUAACAGUAAUGUUGCAUAGAUGCAGCUAUAUCCUCAGAUUUAAACAGAACAGCCUCAUGUAUUUAGGCACACACAAAUUCCAAACRGUAGCAUUUCUUAAAAACAGAGAGCUGAAGGUGGGAGCUCUCUGGCACAAAGAUGACUAAAGCAGCAUAAUCAUGAACAACUUAAAUGUCUGGCAUAACAGACCAGAAAGGUGAAAGAAAUAGAGACCUGACAUUAAGCUCUGCAAAAUAAGGAUUUGCUUUCUUGACACAUACAAACAAUACUGCUCAAGUAAGUGGGGGUAAAAAAGUUUGCUUUAUUAUGACUACUAGUAACCUCUCUAAUGGAUCACRUGAUAUUUAAUACCAAAUCUGUGCCAAAAUGUGUGGAUUUUUACCAAUUCCAAACAAUACUGUGGUUUUACAGCAGAUACCCGUAAUACUCUGCUUGAACAAAGUAAAUGUAAGACUUAACCUCUGCUACAUAGAAACUUGGUUUAAUUUUGAUGUGAUUUUACAUCAUUCAGAUUUGCUGAAACUAGAUACAAACACAUUAAACAAAUUACAAUGACUAGCCAGGGUAUUUUGUUUCCAUUCUUUAAUAAAAAAUCAUGGGGUUGCUUAAUCUUCAAAAAAAAAGAUUCCCACAAACAUGUAAUUUCAUAAAUAUACAUUAGUAAGUGCAUUUUUUCUUAAAACAUUUCAGCCUACAACAGAGGUGUUUGUACAAUAAUUUCUGAUUCUCACAGAUAAUUGCAUUUCACCAUCUUUUAUCUAUCAUUUUGUCAUCCUAUUCUAUUAAUGCUUCUCUUGGUUCURUAUUUGUACAGUGCAAUUCUAUUAUGCAAUACUGUAGUUCCACAUAGUUACAUCGACUCUGGUACAUCCAGUAGAGUUUAUAAACCAUAAUUUCACAAGAUAUAUAUGUUAUCUCAUCAUUCCUUCUUUGUCURUGCUUAUUCUGCAAGCAGUUGGUUGAUGACACUGAUCAGCAGGUCAGGGUGAGGUUGCGUGGGCUGGGGAACUCAGGACAGGAUAGGCAUGA